AUUGGUAGGAAAUCGAGGAGGACAUAAAAGAAGUAUCGCCCAUGACUGGCAGCCAUGAAAGAACACCGGAAGCGACGGCCAUGACAUCGUUCAUGAGGCCUGCACAGAUACCUCAACAUGGCCAACUUGCUCAACAGCAACCUCCACGUCUCAUGCCAAAUGUCGUCGAUGACUACGAAAGGUGGUACACCGAGCCCGUUUCAAACAAUCGAAUGACACUUUCAUUACGCUCCGGAAUAGAUAGUGAAAUCGGGUGGGCACUGGAUCGUCUGUGUCGGUUGUGUUACAACGAACAGUUUUCGUUGCGUUCAAUACCAGGACUCAUGGACGCGUUGUUCGAAUGGCCCGAGUGGUUUGUACGGGAAGGGUACAAAGAAGCGGAAUUCACUUCUACGAAUAUAUUUGCACCAUCUUUAACGGCAGUUAGAAGAAGAAGGCACGCCCUCGAAUCCCUUUUUGUGUUGCGGAAUAGCUCUCUACUCGACCAGAACAGCGACGAUCUGGUGCAACAUUCACGUACCACUCCUCUCAUCAUCAACGCACUUCACAACCUUAAUCCAGAAUUGGAUGAUCAUCAUGAAUUCACUCUACACUGUAUCGACCUCUUCCUGUCAGUGGGCGCGAACUAUACACUACCUUCCCCUUCCGCACCUCCGAAAAAGAACAUUCUUCAGCCAUUACUUCAAAUCUUAUCGACAUCUUCGAACCGUACCCUCAUAAUUUCAACAUUUUCGGCGGUCACGCUCAUCUUUUCUAACCCACACAAUACUCCUUAUCUCACCUCUGAUUCACCUGCGCUCGAAGCCGCUAUACGGUAUCUCCCUCUUCUAGGUGACAAACCCUUACUCGACGCGUCUUUGAACUACCUUCUCCUUCAUUUAUCAAACACCUCCAUGUUGAGGGCCUUCAUGUUACAUUCAGCUAUGCCUAGCGUUCUUAAGAUUCUUGUUAAUCUGCUUGUUAUUGAGCAGGUUGAAGAAUCAGUCACUCUAGAUAUCACCGGGACAGUUCAUACAGUGCCUUCAACGGUUUAUGCUACCCAUGAUCACGAAUUGACUAGUGCAGAAUUGGACAGCUUGGUCGACACUCCAGAGCCUCAACGGUGUUAUGACUGGAUGAAAAUCAUGUUUGUUUCAAAAAAUGACGGGGAACUAACACAAGUCGACUUUUGGAACUAUUACAAGGACACAUUCUCCCCCUUCGCCGACAAAUACCCUUUGCUCGUCGCGUCAGAUGUCAUUAAAAAUGUCAACUUCGUCUUUCCCCACGCCCAAGCUAUGGUGAUUCCUGGCCCACCCCAACGUUUUAUUGUACGAGGAGUCGAUAGACGGAAGGACACCGUUGUGGCAGAACGACUAAAAUGCCACUGGGAUCGUUCACAAUGUCCACACCCGGUUUUCACCUCUCACAACGACCUUUGCAAGCAUCUUUUAGCGCAUCUGGACUCAACCGAGGAUUCCUCAACGGAUUGUGGAUGUCUGUGGUCUUCAUGUCCUCGUGCGGGCCUCACCAAAAAGAACCUGCGUUCACACGUCUUGACGCAUCUUUGGAGUCCACAAUCGCCCGAUAAACAUCCAUCUCAGAGCGACACCAUCACGUUAUCCUCACCCAAUGCACCGUACCCAAUCCCCAAACCUACCACUCGACCACCCCCUGCACCUCGAAGUACAGUAAUAAAUUACAAAAGACCUGCGGUGGAUCCACCUUCUAGCUCGCUUACCGCAUUGCUCUGCAUACGAAUACUGUUCCGUUCAUCUUUUACUUCCACUGAGGCUGCUCCAAAGGUUGAUGCAGAUCACUUUGGGUUUCCCGGGGUAGUGGAAGAUAGUGAAGGGACGGACAUCAUUGAGAGCACGGAUACUGAUAGCGAAGGCAGGAGGAGAGGGAGGAAGGCCUUUACUACCGUUCGUGUACUGUUGGAGAAGGUUCAGAUCAAGGAUGAGGUUUUGAAUGGAUGGAUUGGAGAGAUGGUUGAUGCUGGACUGACUGGGAUGCUUCAGAGUGAGUGAACGUGAACAUGAAGCAUGUAUGUAGAUGGG